AGUUCAGUUCAUUAGUCAGCCAUUUUGGUCAACACCCUGCUUACUGCGCACAACCAAUCCUGUUAGAACUCAGCAUCCUGGCUCAUCUGAGCAGAUCCUGGAAGUGAUUUCUGCAGUUUGGGAUUUUUUUAAAAGCUAAAUUGGAAAUAUAGUCUUAUUUUUCAUUCUUUUUUUUUUUUGUUUAUAUAUUUUUUGUUUUCCCUGCACAAAGAAAGGAUUUCUUCACUUAUUCGUGCUAAGACCAGUUUUUUAAAGCCAGCUAAGGCAUUGGCAGAUUUGAAGCCUAUAGCUCAGCUAGAGAAGAGGGUAGAGAAGAAAAGAUAAAAGGAGAGGACGCUGGAGAAGACAAGCAUCAUUUUAUUUUGCUAUGUGGUAGGAAUUGUCAAUAAGAAAAGAUAGGGUAGAAUUAUUUUUCUUGAGCAGUUGGUUUCCUUGUUUUUUUGUUUUUUUAAUUUUAGGAUUUUUUUGUUUAUUUGUUUUUAACCUCCCCCACCCCUUUUCCUGAACGCUUUGUUUCAGAGGUUCAGAUUCGGGGAUUUUUGGUGAGGAGGUCUUAUUAUAUUUCCUGUGUGUGUGUGUGUGUGUGUGUGUGUGUGUGUGUGUGUGUGUGUGUGUUGUGGUCCCAGCUGAGUCAUCAUGUCUGCUCUGACUCCUCCGACCGAUAUGCCAACCCCCACCACUGACAAGAUCACACAGGCUGCCAUGGAGACCAUCUACCUUUGCAAAUUCCGAGUGUCUAUGGAUGGAGAAUGGCUCUGCCUUCGAGAGCUGGAUGACAUCUCACUUACACCUGACCCAGAACCUACCCACGAAGACUCUUGGGAGGAUUUGACAGAUUUGGUGGAGCAAAUGCGCGAUGAUACAGAAGAUCCAAAUUAUCUCAUGGCUAAUGAACGUAUGAACCUGAUGAACAUGGCCAAGCUGAGUAUCAAGGGUUUGAUUGAAUCAGCUCUGAACCUGGGGAGGACUCUAGACUCUGAUUAUGCACCCCUGCAGCAGUUCUUCGUGGUGAUGGAACACUGUCUGAAACAUGGCUUAAAAGCCAAGAAGACGUUUCUUGGGCAAAAUAAAUCCUUCUGGGGUCCUCUAGAACUGGUAGAAAAACUUGUUCCAGAAGCUGCAGAGAUAACAGCAAGUGUUAAAGAUCUUCCAGGACUUAAGACACCAGUAGGCAGAGGAAGAGCCUGGCUUCGUUUGGCAUUAAUGCAAAAGAAACUUUCAGAAUAUAUGAAAGCCUUGAUCAAUAAGAAGGAACUUCUCAGUGAAUUCUAUGAACCAAAUGCCCUCAUGAUGGAAGAGGAAGGAGCUAUAAUUGCUGGUCUAUUGGUGGGUCUGAAUGUCAUUGAUGCAAAUUUUUGUAUGAAAGGAGAAGAUUUGGACUCUCAGGUUGGAGUUAUAGAUUUUUCAAUGUAUCUCAAGGAUGGGAACAGCAGUAAAGGUAGUGAAGGGGAUGGUCAGAUAACUGCAAUUCUGGACCAGAAGAACUAUGUAGAAGAACUCAACAGACAUCUGAAUGCUACUGUAAACAACCUUCAGGCAAAAGUAGAUGCAUUAGAAAAAUCAAACACUAAACUCACAGAGGAGCUUGCAGUCGCAAACAACAGAAUUAUUACCUUGCAAGAAGAAAUGGAACGAGUUAAAGAAGAGAGCUCCUACAUAUUGGAAUCCAAUCGAAAGGGUCCUAAGCAAGACAGGACUGCAGAAGGACAAGCACUAAGUGAAGCAAGAAAGCAUUUAAAGGAGGAGACACAAUUACGAUUGGAUGUUGAAAAAGAGUUGGAGAUCCAGAUCAGCAUGAGACAAGAGAUGGAAUUGGCUAUGAAGAUGCUGGAGAAGGAUGUCUGUGAGAAGCAGGAUGCCCUGGUGUCUCUGCGGCAGCAGCUAGAUGAUCUCAGGGCUCUCAAGCAUGAACUUGCUUUUAAGUUGCAGAGUUCAGACUUAGGAGUAAAACAGAAAAGUGAACUAAACAGUCGCUUGGAAGAGAAGACUAAUCAGAUGGCUGCUACCAUUAAACAACUGGAACAAAGUGAAAAAGAUUUGGUGAAACAGGCAAAGACCUUAAAUAGUGCAGCAAAUAAACUGAUCCCAAAACAUCAUUAGGCAUUUUGCAGUUGGUCACCUCACAGUAUCACAAGUCAAUUGUAAAAGGAAGAAAUCUGAAAGUUAUUAUGUUUAAGCUCUGAUUCCAUAAAAAUGUCACCAAAAGUUGACUUUGUAUUUGUUGGACUUUUAAAAAUAACAAUUGGACAAAUAGGUUGGGGUUUUUUUCUUAUUAUUAUUUUCUCCCCAGAGUUAGAAAUUUGGUGCAAAUUUCUAAUUAAAUGACAAAUAAACUGAGAAAUUACUUCUGAGUUGACCAAUAAAUAAAAAUAGCAUUUAAAAAGAAAAGCCCAGAGAAUUGAGGCUUUGUAUAUAUAUAUAUUAAUGAUGCCUUUACAACCCAUUCCUUGGUAAUAUCAGAUUCUAGGUGCAUUGUUAAUGUCUGUAUCAGCAAGCCUGUUCUGUCAUUGCAAUGUAAUGAACUAGAGGUGACUACCAUGUAAACUUGGACUCUUCUAAAGUAGUUGUGUCUCUUAGACCAUGACCCCUUUUCAAUUUUGUUAUGUAGGUUUAAUCCCCAAACUAAGGAUAAGUGCUUAGUAUUUCAUUACAGUUCUAUUCUCAGUAACCAAGAUUGCUUGCAACUUUUUUGCCUUAGUGAUUUUGAACAACAAAGAAAAGCAUCCUUAUAUUUCUUUAAAGUACAUAGAGAUAAAUUUAAUAAUUAGGUAACUUAUGAUAACAUCAUAUUAUGGAAGCUUGAGAAAAAUCUCCUAAUAUUUGUCAUCUUCUACCUCUGCCACUUUUUCUGAAAUUCCACUUUAGCUCAGAGAGAAAAAAUUUUAAUAAAAACACUCUUCUCCUAUAAACAAAAUGCACUAUGCAUUUUUCAGUUCUAUCCUGCUUUUCCUACUGGAGUAAAGAGGAUAAGGCGUAUAUAUGAAUAAUGAUUUCCUGCCUGUUAUUCCUUAGUUUCUGUUAUUAAGAAUUUCUGUUACUUUUUGUUUAGAUGGGUUUGCUAAUGGUUCUGGGAAACUAACAAUUUAGUUAUUAGAAAAACAUUUCAGAUUAAGAAAUAAAUGAUAAAGCAUAUUCUUUAUUAUUAUUUAGUAUAAAAAUAAAAGUUCCCAGGGCUGGGGUUGUAGCUCAGUGGUAGAGCACUUGCUUUGCAUGUGUGAGGCACUGGGUUCGAUCCUCAGCACCACAUAAAAUAAAUAGAUAAAAUGAAGAUACUGUGUCCAUAUAAAAGUUCCCAGUAGGUAUCCACAAGCAAUAUUAUCAGGGCUUCUUUUUCUAAAUGACCACCAAUCUAACCCUUUCUAUGCUUUACAUUGUAAAUAAUUGUAUAAAUACCAUGAUUUUUUUUUUUUUCUUAAAGUGACUUUUGAUUUGGGGAUACAGGCUUUUUUAGUAAGCCUUCGUUCUGUCAAAAGGUCUUGUCAAAAUAUUUGGGAUUUUGUUUGCUUGGGUUUGUUUUAUUUUUUUUUCCUUCAUCUGGUAUGCUUCACAGCAUUUCAGCUGCUAAGGUAGGGACAAAGACAACCCAUGCUUCUGGCUCUUGAAAUUCUUUACAUUCUACUUGGCAAAACCAGAAUUAAGAGAGUAAGAUAGAUUUCAUAUGUGUUUAUGCUUACACAGACUCGAACCAAAAUCAAAUUGAAGAACAUGUUAGAGCCAACUUUAUGAAAGAUACUAGGCUCUUGAGCUUAUAUUAGUUCUUAUCAUUUUGCACCUAUAUAAAUAAAAUGCUUACUACAUUCUUAUCUGCAUCAACCUUUUGUGCUGAUGAGUUGCCUUUUCUAUGGGCAUUUGGAGGGAGGACUCAAACGUGAAAAUUAAAACAUUUAAACUACACAUAGCAUGCUUCUAAGUUCCUUUAUAUAAAGCUCCAAGUGUUUUGCCUUCUAAAACAUUAUUCUUAUAGGUGCAAAAUUAUAACUUUAGAAGAAAGCAUCCAUUGGAAUCAUCCAGAGAAUGUGGCCAGGGGUCUUAUAAGGCCCAGUGCUAAAUUCUUUGUCCACAUAGUCACACAUGACUUGGUAGAAAUGGAAUGGAAAGAGUCAGCCAAACUCUGAAAAAGGCUUUUCCUUGUACAAUAACCUGAAACCUGGUUAAAGGUUGAUGUAUAAUGUCCUAUGAUUUAAUAUAUGUGGUUUGAGGAAAGGACCAGAAAAAUGUUAUAAUUCCACUUAUUAAGAUAGUUACCCAAUUACAAGUUCCAGUUAUGUAUGUAAAGCAAAUAAAAAGUACCAAAUCAAAUAGGAAAUAAAAACAAAAUAUGAAUUAAACUCAAAUUACUAUGUACUUGAGGUUGGCUUUGGAUAUGGAUUUUCUAAAAAGUGAUGUUUUAUUGUUGAUCAUCUAAUGACUGUAAACUGUAGUGCUAGAAUAAAAAAAAAAAAUUGGAAAAUUUU